AAGCCAGCUGAUAACCUAUUACGUUGGUGACAAUGGCUGGAUCCCGUGGAGAGACCCGGGUGUAAGCCAGCUGAUAACCUAUUACGUUGGUGACAAUGGCUGGAUACAAGGAUGUAGUGUUGGUUACCCUCUUGUAUUUUGUGAUCACAUCCGCAGAUGACAAAACCAGUACUAACAACUAUGAAAUCCAAGCAUGUUACUCCAAGAGGUUCUUUCCCAAGUGUAAUGAUGGUGAAAGGAUGGCUCUCCUUGAUGUAAGGUAUGGGGUGAAAACUCAAUCAGCUGUUUGUCCAUCCAUUAAAACCAAAAGAGCAGAACAGAAUCAAUCAUGUUGUUUAUUUCAAAAAGGUGACUGUUUAGUGCCAAUGACAAAAUACGCCGUCAUACAUCAAUAUUAUGCUGCCUUUUCUGGCUAUACAGUACCACUAUCUCAGCCCAAGGUAGUCUGGCGGCGAAUUGAAAAUGACGACAACUGUACAGUUGGUAGAGCAUUCUCUAAUUUCCUGUCCAUGAAAUACCAAUGUAUUUCAGAUGACACGCUGAUCAUCAUGGCGGAUUCUGCUUCUCGGUCUGGUCAACUCAUCUCCACAAUGUACCCAAUUAUAGGAGGAGAGGAUGCUCGCGAGUACAGUACAUGUACCGUCACUGGCGGCCAGUCAGGACUCGAUGUCUAUGCUCUGGACAUACGUCUUGAAUGUUAUACUGGGUAUGAGAAUGUAACUUGCAUCGGCAACCAUACGUUAACAUUUACGGACGGAGAACAGACUAAAAAGUUAGUCAGUGAGACUAACACAGUGCUAGGCCAACGUCACUUGAUCUUUAGCACAAAUGAAGCAAGUAUGACAUUCACCUUUCAACGUGAUGAUGGGUCUCGUCCACAAAUGGUUUGGUUUGAGGUUCAAAGUAGGAAAGCUGCUGCGACAAUAACUGUCCGCUGUAACGAACCUGAAGUAAUUACACCCGGAGAUCAGACUACAAGCAACACAACAUCAACAGCAAACGAACCAGAAGUUGACAGUCUUCCGAUUAUCAUUGGAGUAGUCAUUGGGGUUGUUGUUCUCCUUGUUGUAGUCAUCGUCAUCUUCAGAUGGUACAGAAGAAGGUCAGAAAAGGCAGAGGCAGACGCACUUGCUGACUAUAGAAGGAGAAUCGACCAAAAGAACUCUGAUGUGCAGACAAAGCAAGUACGACCAAAUGAUCACAACAAAGCCAAACAUCAGAAACCAAAAAUCGAACAAAAAGCUCAACAUGGCAUGAAUGAUCAACAGAGGAGAAAAAAGUUUAACAUAAAUUCUCCAAAAGGUUUGGAAACGAGUAUGAACGACCCUGUCUACCAUGAUGUCACCAUCCCCAGUCAACGACUGAGAAGAGCAGAGGAUAAACAUUAACACUAUCAGUAGUGAUAUAUGGUUCUUCUGAUACCACAAUGACAUAAUAUUUAGAAUACAACAAAGGCAUAAUAUUAGGAUGCCACAAUGACAUAAAAUUUAGGAUGCCACAAUGACAUUUUUUCGGAUGCCACAUUGGCAUAAUAUUUAGGAUGCCACAGUGAUAUACCAAUUAGGAUGCCACAGUGACAUAAUAUUAGGAUGCCACAGUGACGUAAUAUUUAGGAUACCACAACGGCAUAAUAUUAGGAUGCCACAGUGACAUAAUAUUAGGAUGCCCCAAUGACAUAAAAUUUUGGAUGCCACAUUGACAUAUUUCGGAUGCCACAUUGACAUAAUGUUUAGGAUGGCACAGUGAUAUACCAAUUAGGAUGCCACAGCGACAUAAUAUCUAGGAUGCCACAGCGACAUAAUAUCUAGGAUGCCACAGCGACAUAAUAUCUAGGAUGCCACAGCGACAUAAUAUUUGGGAUACCACAGUGACAUGGAAUUUAGGAUGCUACUGUAACAAUCUUUGUGCCAUUAUGGAAUAUUUACGAUCCCAGACAUGAUUUUAUGUUGUCAGCAUAUUACCAUCUUUGUGAUAUGAUCUUAAGGAUGUCAUAGUGAGAUCAUAUCAGGGAUGUCGUUACAUAACAUCGUCAUUUUUUCUAUAUACACUGUAUUUCAUUCUUCGGGAUUCCACUGUGACAUUAUGAUUUGAACAAUACAGUAACAUGAUUGAUGUGGGUACCCAUAACCUAUAUUUGUUUGCAGAUCUGAACAGGUUCAAGAAAUAAUAAAAUGAAAAUAUCU